CUGGGCGCCCCGCGCGCACUUCGGCGAUGGCUUCGCUGCCGCGGCGGCUGAGCCUUCGCCCUCGCUGCCUCCUGCUGCUUCUCCCCGGACUCCUGCUACCUUUCUGCGGCGCCUUCAACCUAGACGUGGACAGCCCUACCGAGUACUCUGGCCCCGAGGGAAGUUACUUCGGCUUCGCGGUGGAUUUUUUCGUGCCCAGCGCGUCUUCGAGGAUGUUUCUUCUGGUGGGAGCUCCCAAAGCAAACACUACGCAGCCUGGGAUUGUAGAAGGAGGGCAAGUCCUCAAAUGUGACUGGUCUUCCAACCGCCGGUGCCAGCCAAUUGAAUUUGAUGCAACAGGCAAUAGAAAUUAUGCCAAGGAUGACCCAUUGGAGUUUAAGUCACAUCAGUGGUUUGGGGCAUCUGUCAGGUCAAAACAGGACAAAAUUUUGGCCUGUGCCCCUCUGUACCACUGGAGGACCGAGGUGAAGCAAGAGAGAGAGCCUGUGGGGACCUGCUUUCUUCAAGAUGGAGCAAAGACUGUUGAGUAUGCGCCAUGCAGAUCAAAAAAUAUUGAUGCUGAUGGACAGGGAUUUUGUCAAGGAGGAUUCAGCAUUGAUUUUACUAAAGCUGACAGAGUACUUCUUGGUGGUCCUGGUAGCUUUUAUUGGCAAGGUCAGCUCAUUUCAGAUCAAGUGGCAGAAAUCGUGUCUAAAUAUGACCCCAAUGUUUACAGCAUCAAGUAUAAUAACCAAUUAGCAACUCGGACUGCACAAGCCAUUUUUGAUGACAGUUAUUUGGGCUAUUCCGUAGCUGUUGGAGAUUUCAAUGGUGACGGCAUAGACGACUUUGUUUCAGGAGUUCCAAGAGCAGCAAGGACUUUGGGAAUGGUUUAUAUUUAUGAUGGGAAAAACAUGUCCUCCUUACACAAUUUUACUGGUGAGCAGAUGGCUGCAUAUUUUGGAUUUUCUGUAGCUGCCACUGACAUUAAUGGAGAUGAUUAUGCAGACGUGUUUAUUGGAGCGCCUCUCUUCAUGGAUCGAGGCUCCGAUGGCAAACUCCAAGAGGUGGGACAGGUUUCCGUGUGUCUGCAGAGAGCCUCCGGAGACUUCCAGCUUACAAAGCUGAAUGGGUUUGAGAUCUUUGCACGGUUUGGCAGUGCCAUAGCUCCAUUGGGAGAUUUGGACCAGGACGGCUUCAAUGAUAUUGCAAUUGCUGCUCCCUAUGGGGGUGAAGAUAAGAAAGGAAUUGUGUAUAUCUUCAAUGGAAGGGCAGCAGGCUUGAAUGCAGCACCGUCUCAAGUCCUUGAAGGCCAGUGGGCUGCUCGGAGUAUGCCACCAAGCUUUGGCUAUUCAAUGAAAGGAGCCACAGAUAUAGACAAAAAUGGAUAUCCAGACUUAAUCGUAGGAGCUUUUGGUGUAGAUCGAGCUGUUUUAUACAGGGCCAGACCAGUAAUCACAGUAAAUGCUGGACUUGAAGUGUCCCCUAGUAUUUUAAAUCAAGACAAUAAGACCUGCUUGCUGCCUGGAACAGCUCUCAAAGUUUCCUGUUUUAAUGUCAAAUUCUGCUUAAAAGCAGAUGGCAAAGGAGCACUUCCCAGGAAACUUAACUUCCAGGUGGAGCUGCUUUUGGAUAAACUCAAGCAAAAGGGAGCAAUUCGACGAGCACUAUUUCUCCAUAGCAGGUCCCCAGGUCACUCCAAGAACAUGACUAUUUUCAAGGGGGGACAGAUGCAAUGUGAGGAACUGAUAGCUUAUCUACGGGAUGAAUCUGAAUUUAGAGACAAACUCACUCCAAUUACUAUUUUUAUGGAGUAUCGAUUGGAUUAUAGGACAGCUGCUGAUGCAACAGGCCUGCAACCCAUUCUUAACCAGUUCACCCCUGCCAACAUUAGCCGACAGGCACAUAUUCUACUUGACUGUGGCGAAGACAAUGUGUGCAAACCCAAAUUGAAAGUUUCUGUAGAUAGUGAUCAAAAGAAGAUCUAUAUUGGGGAUGACAACCCUCUGACGUUGGUCGUUCAGGCUGAGAAUCAAGGGGAAGGUGCAUAUGAGGCUGAGCUCAUCAUUUCCAUCCCACCGCAGGCUGACUUCAUUGGGGUUGUCCGAAACAGUGAAGCCUUGGCAAGACUUUCCUGUGCAUUUAAGACAGAAAACCAAACCCGCCAGGUGGUAUGUGAUCUUGGCAAUCCAAUGAAGGCUGGAACCCAACUCAUAGCUGGUCUUCGUUUCAGUGUGCACCAGCAAUCAGAGAUGGAUACUUCUGUGAAAUUUGAUUUACAAAUUCAAAGCUCCAACCUUUUUGACAAAGUAAGCCCAGUAGUAUCCUACAAAGUCGAUCUUGCUGUUUUAGCUGCUGUUGAGAUAAGAGGAGUCUCAAGUCCUGAUCAUAUAUUUCUUCCAAUUCCAAACUGGGAAUACAAAGAGAAUCCUGAGACUGAAGAAGAUGUUGGUCCAGUUGUUCAGCACAUCUAUGAGCUGAGAAACAAUGGUCCAAGUUCAUUCAGCAAGGCAAUGCUGAACCUUCAGUGGCCUUAUAAAUAUAACAACAAUACUUUGUUGUACAUUCUUCAUUAUGACAUUGAUGGGCCAAUGAACUGUACUUCAGAUAUGGAGAUCAAUCCUUUGAGAAUUAAGGCCUCAUCUUUGCAAACAACUGAAAAGAAUGACUCAGUUGCUGGGCAAGGUGACAGGAGCCAUGUCGUCAUGAAGCGGGAUCUCGCCCUCAGUGAAGGAGAUGUUCACACUUUGGGUUGUGGCAUUGCUCAGUGCUUGAGGAUUGUCUGCCAAGUAGGGCGACUAGACAGAGGCAAAAGUGCAAUCCUGUAUGUCAAGUCUCUGCUGUGGACUGAGACCUUUAUGAACAAGGAAAACCAGAAUCAUUCAUACUCUCUGAAGUCAUCUGCUUCAUUUAAUGUCAUAGAGUUUCCAUAUAAGAAUCUUCCAAUUGAGGAUAUCUUCAAUUCUACAUUGGUUACCACUAACGUCACCUGGGGCAUUCAGCCAGCGCCCAUGCCUGUGCCUGUGUGGGUGAUCAUUUUAGCAGUUCUGGCAGGACUGUUGUUACUGGCUGUUUUGGUAUUUGUCAUGUACAGGAUGGGCUUUUUUAAGCGAGUCCGGCCACCUCAAGAAGAGCAAGAAAGAGAACAGCUUCAACCUCAUGAAAAUGGUGAAGGAAACUCAGAAACUUAGCUGCAGUUUUCCAAGUUAUGCUUCAUCUUAACCCAUCAGAAUCAUCAGCUUCAUUAUAGAUUUAAAUUUUUUUCAUCAAGAACAAAAUUCCAAAACUUUCCUGCUAAUGGUCCUCCACGGUCUUACCCAUGACAUGAGAGCAAUACAAGUAUUUAUGAUCCUUCUCUUUAUAAAUAAGUUCAGACAUACAUUUAACACAACAUACACUGACUUGUGUUUUUAGUUAUUUAAAAAUAAAAUUUCAAGUGGUAGAGUUUUUUUCAAUGUACAUAAAAUAGUAGUGCCUGAGUUACACUUUAUAUAAAAUAGUACCUCCUACAAUCACUGUUUCUGAUUUAUAUGUGGAAUUUUCUUGUUUGUUGUUAUUUUAAAGCAAUGCAAAUUUGGACUUUAGCAUCCACAUCUUUUGUAUAGGUACUUAAUGUUAAUAUACAUGACACUACAAUUCACUUUUCAAGCUACUAAAAACUUUAUAACUGAAUGAACUUGGAUAUUAAUAUCACCUAUAUAGUGGACUUUUAAAAAAAAAAAAAAACUCAUAUUAGCAAUUUUUUAUCCUGUGACUACAAAGGUACAAUAUUUUGUUUUAAUAUGAAAAUUAGAUACAUGCUAUUAAUUUUUAUUUAUAUUUAAUCCACAAUCUAUUUUAUUGCAUUUUUGCUUGUACAGUUUAUUUUCUAUGGCAAAUCCUUUAAGCCAGCCUAUACUGAAAUUAGUUCUGUAGUCAGAAAUGCCUCUUUUCUGUAAUGGUUUAAUUUCACCUAAACAUCAUGAUGCUUAAAAUCGUAUGGAGUUGUAGUUCAUUUCCAAAGUACAGUUAGUCCAUUGCUUUAGUCUAACAACAUUAUAAAGCAGAAAGCAUUUUAGUUAAAAGACUUAUAUUUGUACUUCUUUGACAUAAUUGCUCAUUAAUAUGUUUUUAGAUUAGAGCAGAAUUUUUCAUUGGUAUUAAUUUAUUUUCUUUCCAUAUGUGUGUUUUUUCUUCUAUUUCCAAAAUUGAUACUGAGAACAGGUCAAGACGAAUGAGGAAUCUUACAAGUUACAAGAACCUCAAUUUCCCAAUUCCACUCCAUGAGAAUGCUUGGAAUCACUUGGAAUCAAAAUGCAUAAGUUAGCUUAAUGGUUUAAUUCUAGACACAGCUUUUUUGCUUCCUACAUGGAAAUUACCUUAGGAUAAGCAAGAUAAUGUGUAAAACGAGUCUCAGCUAUCAGAAUAACUUCUAAAAGAUAUUUUUAUAAGCAGUUCAACUUAUUGAAACCUUUGAAGAAUUUUUUUAGAUUUGUUAAUGUAAAUCACUUUUUCUAAGAUUUUUUUAAUAAAAGCCACGUAAUGAUAAUUUUAUAGUUUUAUAUGCCUGUAGGGUGGUGACUCUUCUAAUGGAAUAUAUCAUUUAUUCACAGUUCCUCAGUGCCCGAGGAUGACUAUCAACUGUACCCAUUUUUGUGCAAUUACAUCAUGGUGGACAUUAGAAAUUGAGGGAUUAAUAGCUUUUUAACUGCUUUCCUCUUUAGGAAAUAGUAUUACCCUUAAGUAAUUUACUAUUUUUAUGUGUUUUAAAAAUAAUUUGAGAUUUAUUUGCCAUAUCUUAUUAUAUAGUAAUUCCAUACACAAGAGGCUGAGUUAAUCUUCGAAAAUCAUGUUCAUAAAAUAGAAGCACAUUUAAGUGAGUUAUACAAGUUAGAACAUAGACAAAUCCCUAUAUUUAGCUUUAGUGCAUUUUUAAAUUAAUAGUUUUUGGAAUAUAGACUUAAAAGAUCUUAAUCAUAUGUAAUAAGUAUUUUGAUUACCAAGCAAUUUAAAUCUUUUUAAUAAGAAAAUAUUUUUAUCCCAGGGUCAAGUGUUGCCUGUCACCAGUCACUAAGUUGGUCUAUAACAACUUUUUACUUGUAUGUUUUCUCAUUUAACAGCUGCCAUUCCUGAAAAUGUGUGUUGGGUAGACACUCUUUAACACAAGUGUUAGUAUUUGCUUUUGCACAAUCAUUCUAUUAUAGCCUCUAGUUCAGAUUGAAAGCUACUGUAAUUAGAAAUUAACAUAAUAUUUUAAAUUAUAAAGUUUAAUUUCAAAUAACAGCAUACAUUCUCUUUCAAAGAAAUGAAAAUCCAUAUCUAUACAAAAAUAUGGAGAAGUAUAGUUUGAAAAAACAUUCCUUGAAUAAAAUGUUGGGAUUCUUUUUAUCCUAAAGUAGCAUGUGAGUGCAUCUGAUUACAUAUUUUAAAAUAGUCCUAUGAGAAUUAUUUUAAUCUUCAAACAUUUUAAAUACUACUAUAUUUGUAAUUUGUUGAAUCAAAAUCCAUUUUGAAGUUUCAGAUUCUCAUAAUCUGACACAGUUUAAAUGAGAAAUCUAGAGAAUGUUAAAAGCAUUUGACAUUGGUGAGAAAUAUUGAUACUAAUAUUGAUUUCUUAUAUUGGUAUUUAUUUUAGAAUUGCUGUUUGAGAAAUAUUUGUGUGAGGAUCCCUUUUUCCCUUUCUUUCAAUUACCUUUCUCAUGAUUAUUUAUCAUUUUAAUUUUGAUCAAGAUCUCAACAAUUCUGAAAGGUAAAAACAAUUAGCCAAAAUACUGCCACAAUUCUAUCUGUUUUGGAACUACUAAUUCAUAGUUAAUUAUUAACACAAUAUGUAUGUUUAUGGGAAUAAUUAAAGAAUUAGUAAGAGACUUAUAGGGUCCUUUAAGGAGGCUGUGAAGGAUUUUUGAUAGUGAAUCAUGACUCUAAGGAAGAGAUUUUUGUGGCAAAUAAAGAAUAUAAUAGAUCAGAUGAUUUUUAUUAUGCAAGCAGAUUUUGCAAGUGAUAGGUACUCCUAAAUUUCAGAAUGUAGUGAUGAACCUGGUGGAGAAGAAUAAGCUGUUUUUACAAAAACUUGUGUGUAGCCAUUGCAAAUCUCAGUGUCACCCUCUUGGUACCCUUGGAUAGCUUGUAUAUUUACAAGUAUAGUUUUAAAAAUAUAAAAUUUUUAAAUUGAUUAAAGGUUCUAAAAAGGCUAGUAAAUUAUUCCUCCAUAUUUUGGAGCAUAUCUCUUUUAACUUGUUAGUUGGCUAAUAUGAACAAUGAAUUUUUAAUGUGCAACAUGUAUUAUGUGCUUGUAUUUCAUUGUAAUUUCAAAUACAUAAUGAACUACUUAGAAGAGGUACUCAAAUUUUGAUUUUUGUCGUCAUUGUUCUCAAGUGCAAUAUAACAAUAGAACCAAACCUAGAUAAUUUCAAAGUUCUCACUAGUAAGCCUAAUCUAAAAAAAAAUUUAUUAGUAUUUUUUUAGGCUGUGGAUAUACAGAUCAAAUUAUUUCCUCCAAAUGGUCCAUUUUAUUUCAAGAUGGACAUGAAUUAUUCCUUGCCAGUCUUGAGACAACUUUGAAAUAUCUUAAGAUAACCUGGAAGCUGUGUAUAUCAAGUUAAUUUGCUACCUAAGUAACAUAGAAAGUAGUUGUCUUUAUUUAGCUUCUCUUGUGAUCACCCACAUUGGGUGAAACAUAAAAUGAGUCUGUUUUAAAAUCUGUCAUUUGCUAACUUGAUUUGAGUUAGUGAAAACUGGUACAGUGUUCUGCUAGUUUCCAGUGUGUAACUUGUGACUGUAUAAUAAACUUGAGCAUAUGGUGCCA